AUGGUCAGCUUUGAGGAAGCAACUGAAUUGGCCAAGAACUUCUCCAAGAAGCCCAGCGACUCCGAGUUCCUGGAAUUCUACGGUCUCUUCAAGCAGGCCCUUGUUGGCGAUGUGAACAUCGAGAAGCCCGGCGCCCUUGAUCUGAAGAAAAAGGCCAUGUGGGAGGCGUGGAACUCGCACAAGGGUCUGUCCAAGGAGGCCUACAUCAAGGUCUAUGAGAAGUACGCCCCCAAGUAUGCCUAA